GUGAAAGGCGCCGUGGUAGCCGGCACCCGCGCGGGUCUUACCUCCUGACCUAGUUCAUAGUGUUGGAUGGUGGCGCCCGCUGGCCUGUACGUGGAGAGCCUCGCCCCCGCCCCCAUGUCCGCCAUGCGUAGAGCCCUCGCGUAGGUGCUAUGGUGAACGAGGGAGCGGCGACGGAGGUUCUCAGAGGCGGUGAUGGUGUGACCAACCCACUUCUGCGUCAGGCGGCUCCUCCUCCUCCUCAUCCUCCUCCUCCUCCUACUCCUCCUCCUCUUCCUUCCUCCUCCUCUUUCUCCUUCUCCUUUUCUUUCUUUCUCCCUCCUCCUCCUCCUCCUCCUUCUUCCUCCUCCUGUUCCUCCUGCUCCUGUUCAUCUCCCCGCUUGCACAACAGAUGGGUGCCAGCCCCUUGUGAUGUGAGCAGCAUAAGGAGAAGUGGCUGGAUUCAAACCACAUCCCAGACAUACCCUCCUCCUCAGUUGUUGUGGUGAGUGGGUACGAUUCUGCUACAUGUGAGGGCUGUGGGGGGCCGCGGGGAGGGGGCGGGGGGGCGGGGGGUUGUGGGACCUGCCAGGGGAGUCGCCGGCCCACCCCCUCUUCCCCCCACCCUGCCCCGCCCCCCAUCAACGGCCACCUGCCGCCCCCGCCCCCGUCUCAGGUCGUCAAGGUGGUGAUGUUGGGAGCUGCUGGCGUGGGCAAGACUUCAAUUAUCAAGCAAUUUGUGCAUAACGAGUUUCCGGAGUCUCACCAGCCCACCACAGGCCGCGUCAACAGCUGGGCUAACGUGCUGGUGAACGAGAGAGUCUACCAGCUGUGCAUCGCUGACAUCCCGCCCAUACGUGCGUUCCCGCAAAACUCCUUCUCUGAGUGGGCCGACUACCGCUUCUACGGCCUCCGCUCAGCCAUGGCCUACGUGUUUGUCUUCGAUCUCACCUGUUACGAGUCCUUCGCACACAUCAAGGCGCUCAGGGAUCAGGUGUACGAGUCCCGGGACAUGCGUGAGGUGGGCGUGGUGGUGCUGGGCAACAAGCGGGAUCUGCUGGAGGCCUCUGAGCCGCGGGAGAAGCGGGAGCUGCUGCGGGAGAUGCGCGAGGUGCCCGCCGUGGUGAGGAAGCAGUGGAAGGCCGCCUACGUGGAGGUGUCCGCUAAGUGUAACUGGCACGUGGUGGCCGCCUUCAGAGAGCUGCUGCUGGCGGUGGAGGAGGCCCAGGCACAUCCCCACGCACGCCCACACAACUUGCAUGACUUGCACGAAGCGAUUGAACACUCCAAGUGUACGAUAUUGUGAGGCGCGGCCGUGGGCGUCCCGCCACCCACGCCUCUCGCCAGCACAGCAAUAGCCUAACACUAACACCCUCCCUCCCCGACGCCCCGGGAACCGCUGUUACUCCCUGAAACGCACAAGUAAGUCUCAGUGAAGGCGGCGUGGCGCGGCGGUGGCAACCAUGGAGCGGCGCCAACGCCCCCGCCCACUGCUGCCUCGCCGCCACGUGUCGCGACUCUCCAGGAGGACUUGCGCGCGUGCGCCGCGGCACUGACGCCUGUGAAUCGCAAGACGAACUACAGUAAUACUAGAGGCUGUUAUGUAGGUGUACGGACCCUAGUUAAGUCGGCUCGCUGGCUGCCCCGAGGAGCGAGUGUACAAAAACCAAAUGUUCACACUGUACAAAGCAACAUAACCCCACACAGUGGCUGUUUCCCGCGUUAUUGUUAAGAGUAUCCUUUUUUUUCUGAGGCGAUGAGUCCCGGAGAAGUAUUGUCUCUGUAGCGGAGGCUUGCGGCGCGUCGGGCCUCCAAGCCACACACGGGUGACCGCCACAUUGCACACUGCUGGGACUGACUGUUGAGCUUCACGACCCUUGCUGUCACUCCUUCCACCACACCACACUCAACAAACUCAUAAACUGACGCUUCGGUUCAACUCUUCCAGAAGUUUUUCGAAUAAAACUCAAAUUUAUUGUUCAGACGUCCCGAAAAUACUAGUUUUUAUAUCUGUUUUUCAGUGUUAAAGAAAGAAAAAAAAUCUAUUGUUCAAAAACAUCUACAAAAAAAAUAAUCUCGCUCUGUUAAAAAGUGAACUGUAAAAAAACGCAAUAUUCUGAUUUAAUAUAUAGUUCAAAAUGAAAAAAAAGAAGAAAAGUUAUAUACAUUGUUAAAUAAGUAUAUAUAUAUAUAUAUAUAUAUAUAUAUAUAUAUAUAUAUAUAUAUAUAUAUAUAUAUAUAUAUAUAUAUAUAUAUAUAUAUAUAACUCGUAUCACAUUCAAGUGUUCUCAACAACAAAUUCUUUUCUCUUCUAUUAUAAAGUGUCCACCAAAAGAAAAACCUUAUCCUUUGUUCGUAGAAAAAUGGAGAAACAAAACAAAACAAAAGGCAAACACUGGAACACAAUCCUUUAUCAAUGACACGGAUCAGGAAGGCCAGGGCAGCAUUCACUAUUAUCAGUUUAUCAGUUCACAAUCCGGUAGAGCGUUACUGUUAUCCUCAUUCUUAGCGGAACGUAGGAAUGAUCUCACGGUGUUUAAUAUUAGCCUAGGAACCUUACUAAUUAGUGCAAAUCAGGUGAUGUAAAGGUAAGUAGUAACUGUGACCCAUGACACGAGGAAGAGGAAGGGAAAGGACUGGGAGAUCACACACACACACACACACACACACACACACACACACACACACACACACACACACACACACACACACACACACACACACACACACACACACACACGUACCAUAGCCAUGCAAAACAUAACGAUUAACUAAUAGAUAAAGCAGGGAGGGUUGAUGGGGAGGGAGCUUCUACUUUUCUAAUCCAUUUGGUAACACAAGAUUAGGAGUCGUGCCAAGAUUCACGACUCCGGCAACACAAGGAAGACGACCAAAAGACAACGACUAAAGAAAAACAACAAAAAAAGAAAACAAACGGAAUAAUUGAAAGACUUAAUCCUUUAUUUGAAAACCGAAUCAUUUAUUUUUUUUACUCAAAGCCAAAAGUUUAUCUCAAAAUUUUAUCUUCACGCACCUUAUGAAUAUGUUAGUGUUUAUCUUUUCAAUAAUUACAGUUUCUACCUUCCGUUUUCUGUGUGUUAAGAGGGUUAUUGUUAUGCAGUAGGCACCUAGCUAUUAUCACUAUUAUUUCUCAUUGCAUUAUCUGCUACUUAUGUUCUUUGUAACUUCAAUUUCUACUUUCAUCUUUGUUUAGGGCAGUAAGUCCAUCAGUCAGUAAGUUUUCUUGUUUUAUUUGCAUGGAGAUUGUAUUUCGGUCAAUCAAUCCAUAUUUUCCCUAUUCACUUUACUAGCGUUUAUAAUUCAGUCAGUCAGUCAGUCAGUCAAACAUUUUUCGUGUUAAAUUUGCGUGGCUCUUGUUAUUUCAGUCAGUAAGUCAGGCAGGCAGUCACGCACUCAAGGCAAGGCACGCUGUACAGGGAGUCACGCACUCACUCCAAACGCAAACACUGCAAACACCAUUGUUGACUCGUUUCAGUCUGUAAUCCGCAAAAAAAAUGUAAAAAAAAAAAAAAAAAAAAGUUCAGCACAGUUUCCUAGCAUCUGUUCUGUGACUUCUUGAAACACUGACGAAUAGAGACCGACCCGUAUGGAGGAGAGGCUCAUUUGACAACAGACGCCCCACGUGCUGUACCACACCAGCGGGUCAUGUGAAGGCGCAUUGGAAAAGCCUUCUCCGCUGUUCUUCACCACACGCACCCAUUGCAAAUCACCGACGUUCUUUAGUUCGUAGGGUCAAUGAAACCGGUAGCUUAGCCUUCUCAUAAGUUUCCUCCCAGAACUCUAUUCACAAACGUUUCAGCGUCAUUAUCACUCGACUACUUUCAACAGCCUCUAGUGGGUUAUUUGGGGUUUUCAGGGAUGUUUUCAUGACUCCAGUGAUAGUUUAACAAGGAUUCUGCACCAUCGACGAGGAAAACACCCAUGAGAACUCGGCUUGUCACCUCUGUGGUGUUUGAAAAUAGUGGAGUCAAGAGAGAGCGUUUGAGAAUAUUGGCUCUGAGGUGUCUGGCAACUCAAGACAUGCAGAGAAAGUGAUGCUGAGGUGCUGAAGUCCUCGUGACGUGGUGUACUGCCUCCCCCGACCACCCAAACAAGGCACACGACAGCCUGCUUUCAACAUGCACUCAUCCACGCCCACUGGACUGACACAUGUCUGAUCCAGCGGAAAGACGAAACUAAAGUACCGGAACUGUUUGUGAUGUGAAAAAAAGACACAAACAUGAGGAGUUUCAAAGCAAAUAGUGGUAAAAUGUGGACAGGCUUACGUGAACUGUAUCUAAGCCUUCCGUGUGUGUGGGAGUGUACUAAAAAUGGUGGUGUCUUGUUGAACGCAGGCUGGCUAGAACACACACAGGGACUGCCCCGCCGCCACCUCCUCGCAUCAAGUUUGGAAGCACCGCUGUUGCCGCCCUACGCCACAUCUCAGGCUGGGCUGUCACUGCACCCUCGCAACACUAAUCUCAUCUCUAUGUCAGCUGUCUGCCUGUUCCCAUUAGUUUGUCUAUCUGGCCAUACACACACACACACACACACACACACACACACACACACACACACACACACACACACACACGAGCGUGCAAAGAGACGCACAAAAAAAACAUGCAUAAAUUAAUAUCGGAAUGUUAUUGCACGUAUGGACACUACAAUAUGUGCACGCAAUCAUGAUGCAUGGACGCUCGCAAGUCUACACACACACACACACACACACACACACACACACACGAGCAAGCUUCAUCUCAGUUUCUUUCAUCCUCAGCUUACUCAUACUAGUAAUUCAAUCCAGCUCUUCGUCGUACAGGAUAUACAGUGGGCGCCGCAGUGGUCACGGACGUCUCUUGUUGUGGGUGGGGCGGGUGGGAGGGCGUGGGAGGGGCGGGCAUGGGUUGGGGUGGGGGCUGGUGUGUGAGGGCGGCCAAGACUGACCUGCUUGGAGACACAACACACUGACUGUUCCUGCAGUGAGGAGAUGAGGGACAGAGAAUUAAUACUGGUUGUUUAUACUGUGCAAUGUUAACAAUUGUUUCUAGUUAUAACAAGCUUCGGUGUUCUGGGUUAUGCAAUAAAUGCCUACUAAUUAUUACUACCAUCCGCCUCACUUUGUAUAACACCACACAUACAUACAUACAUACAUACACAUACACACAUACAUUAUACACAUUAAUGAUUUAUCCAUGUCAAACGGUUAACUUAUAAUAAUACUAAUAAUGUAUAACGUUUAAUGAUGACUGCCUACAUGUUAAUAAAAUUGUAUAAAAGAAA